AUGAGCUCGAAGCUGUCGCCCCAGGCGCGGCGCUGGCGCACCAUCAUGUUCACGCUGCCCAUCAUGGGCGUCACAUCCUUCGUGCUGUACAAACGCCUCGUCCUUGGGGAACCGCGGCGGGUGCUGCCGACAGAUUUGGACAAACACGGGAGCGAGAAGGUGGCAUCGAUCUAUACCGCUGGGGAGGGGAAGGGCGAGCAGGAGGGAGGGGGUUCCAAGGGCGUGUGA